AUGCUGCUGGUCAACAGCUCCGAUAAAGACGUGGGCAUCAACGGAGUUAUAAGCCGGACGCUGACUCAGAUAAAACCCCUCCUCUUUUCUCAAAAACCCCAAAAACCCCACUGCGAGCACAUUGGGGGUCCCUCCGAGUGUUCCAGUUUCCCAAAACAAAGUUCUCUGGUUUUUGCCGUGACUGUCACCGACGAGGACUCUGGAUCCAACGCCCAGCUGCACUACUCCUUAUUGGGGCGCAACUACGAGAAGUUCAAGAUAGAUCCAGUAAGGGGCGCCAUCACCGCCAACGAGAGGCUCACCGGAAAUUCGGAGGUCACGCUCACCGUCCGGGUCAAAGAUGGCGGCGCCAACCCGAAAACGGACACCACCACGGUGACGGUGCGCUUCGUUACGGGAGGAAACUUCCCCGUCAUCAGGAUAAAGGAGCGAGCUUUCACUUUCCCAGAGAGCCAACCAAGCAACCACAUCGUUACCACGAUUAUCACCAGCUCCCUGCUGGACCGAGAGGACCGGGCCAGUUACCAGCUCCUGGUGGUGGCGACAGACGGAGGGCAGCCCGAGGGCCUGUCCAGCUCCGCCACGGUCUCCGUCACGGUGGCCGACAUCAACGACAACCCUCCACGCUUCCACCACCACCCCUACGUGACCCACAUCCCCGCCUCCACCGCCGCAGGUUCUCUGGUUUUUGCCGUGACUGUCACUGACGAGGACUCUGGAUCCAACGCCCAGCUGCACUACUCCCUACUGGGGCGCAACUACGAGAAGUUCAAGAUAGAUCCAGUAAGGGGCGCCAUCACCGCCAACGAGAGGCUCACCGGAAAUUCGGAGGUCACGCUCACCGUCCGGGUCAAAGAUGGCGGCGCCAAUCCGAAAACGGACACCACCACCGUGACGGUGCGCUUCGUUACGGGAGGAAACUUCCCCGUCAUCAGGAUAAAGGAGCGAACUUUUACGUUCCCAGAGAGCCAACCAAGCAACCACAUCGUUACCACGGUGACAGGUUCCUCCAUGAGGGGGGGGGCCCUUUCCUACUACAUCGCUAGUGGUAAUCUGGAUAACGCUUUUCAUAUCGACCAGCUCUCCGGUGAGCUGUCAAUCAGGCAUCCUCUGGAUUAUGAACACAUUCAGAAGUACGUUCUGUGGAUCGAGGCCAGAGAUCAGGGCUUUCCGCCUUAUUCAUCCUACGAAAAAGUGGAAAUAACUGUGUUAGACGUAAACGAUAACCACCCGGUCUUUGAUAAGGAUCCCUUCCAGGCUGAGAUUCUGGAGAAUCUCUCACCUCAGAGAGUGCUCAUCGUCUCCGCCGUGGAUCUGGACAACGGGCCCAACGGCCAACUGGAAUACGCCAUCGUCGACGGCAACAAGGAGAAUAGCUUCAGCAUGAAUCGAGCCACCGGGGAGAUCCGGACCACCAGGCCUCUGGACCGGGAGAAAAUAUCUCUCUACACUCUGAAAGUGAGAGCCUCGGACCGGGGAUUGCCUCCAAAGACCAGCGUGGUCAAAGUGAACGUCAACGUUCUGGAUGUGAACGACAACGCGCCGAGGUUCUCCAAGAUUUUCAGCGCCACGGUGGCUGAAAAUGCUCCUGUGGGCUACACCGUAACCAGGGUAACCUCCACAGAUGAGGAUGCCGGUUCUAACGCCAUUAGCCGAUAUACGAUCACAGACACCAGCCUCCCGUUCAACAUCAAUCCGAGCACAGGGGACAUAACGAUCGGCCGACCGCUCAACAGGGAGGACACCGAUCACUACAUCGUCAAAGUUUCUGCGCACGACUCCGGUUGGACGGUGAGCACGGAUGUGACCGUGUUCGUAACGGAUGUGAACGACAACGCGCCCAGAUUUAGCCGGCCCUCUUACUACCUGGACUACCCUGAACUCACCGAUAUCGGGUCCCUGGUCACGCGGGUAUCCGCCACCGAUCCCGACGAGGGUUUCAACGGCAAGAUCUUCUAUUUUAUCCGAUCCCAGUCCGAGUAUUUCAGGAUCAACGCCAGCUCCGGGGAGGUGUUUGUCAAGCAGCAGUUGAAGUAUCAGAACUCCACAGGGGCUAGCAGCCUGAAUAUAAACCGCCACAGCUUCAUCGUCACGGCCUCAGAUCGAGCAGUCAAACCUUUAAUGAGUGAGACCACAGUCAUAGUAAACGUGGUGGACAGCAACGAUAACCCUCCUGAGUUUGAAGCGCCGAGCUACUUCACGCCGGUCACUAAAAGCGUCAAAGUCGGCACCAGACUCAUAAGAGUUGUAGCUCACGACAAAAAGGACUUUGGGCUCAAUUCUGAGAUCGAAUACGCGAUAACCGGAGGAAACAGUUCCAGUAAAUUCAAGCUCGAUAGAACAAGCGGAUGGAUUACCGUUGCUUCCUCCCUCAUAUCUGAUAUGAAUAAAAUCUUCCUGGUCGACAUUACUGCAACAGACAGAGGAAAUCCUCCACUUUCGGCUCGGGCCGCGGUUAAAAUCGCAGUCACAGAGGAAAACCACCACACUCCUGAGUUCUCACAAAGCCAAAUAUCAGCCACCGUACCCGAAAGCCUCGCCGUGGGAACGGCGAUAAGGACUCUCUCGGCCAGAGACAAAGACAAAGAGAUGAACGGCCUCAUUACGUACAACAUCACCUCCGGAAACGAGCAGGGGGUGUUUGCGCUAAACAGCAAAACGGGGGUGCUUUCUCUCGCCCACCCGCUGGAUUUUGAGGAAAAGCAACGGCAUGAGCUUCGGGUUUCGGCCACUGACGGAGGCUGGAUCGCGAAAACCAGCUACGUGUCGGUCACGGUGCACGUAACCGACGUGAACGACAACCCUCCGGUGUUCGAACCCGACGAGUUCUUCCCCGUCGUGCAGGAGAACGUUCCCAGCGGAACCACCGUCCUGAAAAUGAACGCCACGGACCGCGAUUCUGGAGCCAACGCGGUCAUGGCUUAUGUGAUCCAAUCAUCAGACAGCGACCUGUUCGUCAUCGACCCCAACACGGGAACCGUCACCACCCAGGGAUUCCUGGACUACGAGGCCAAGCAGGUCUACCAUUUGACGGUGAAGGCCUUCAACGUCCCGGACGAGGAACGCUGCAGCUUUGCCAACGUCAACAUCCAGCUGAAGGGAGCCAACGAAUACGUUCCCCGCUUUGUCUCCAAACAGUACUACUUUGAAAUCUCUGAAGCGGCUCCAAAAGGCACAGUGGUCGGGGAGGUUUUCGCCAGCGAUCGAGACCAGGGAGAGGACGGAGUCGUUUACUACCUCAUUUUUGGAAGGAGCAGAAAGAAGGGCUUUGGCAUCGACAAGAAAAGCGGUCAGAUUUAUGUCACAGGUACUUUAGACCGUGAGAAAGAAGAAAAGAUUUCUCUUAAGGUUUUGGCAAAGAACGCGGGAGGGAUCCGGGGGGCGGACAUUGAUGAGGUGUUUGUGAACAUCACCAUUCUGGAUGCCAACGAUCCACCUGUUUUUACCCAAGAGCUGUACGAUGUUCAGGUUAGCGAGGGUCUGUCACCGGGUGGGUUGGUUACCUUUGUGAGUGCCGAGGACUCUGAUUCUGUCCCCAGCUGGAGCAGAUUUUCUUACUCCAUUGCUCCUGGUUUUGACACAAAUGUUUUUACAAUCAACCCCAAAACUGGCCAAGUGUCAGUAGCGGCAGAGCUGGACAGAGAAAACACCCCGGUGUAUAAUCUGACCGUUCUGGCUGUGGAUACUGGCAGCCCUCCAGCGACAGGAAGUGCCACCGUCAUUGUAAAUCUAGAGGAUAUCAACGAUAACGGUCCGACUUUGACAACCACUUAUGCUGAGGUAAUGGAGAACCAGAAAUCUGGCACGGCUGUAACAACUCUGACUGCCUCUGACCCAGAUCUACCGCCCAACCAGGGCCCUUAUUUCUUCAGCCUCCUGAGUUCUGGAUCUGCCAACAGCUACUUCAGCCUCAGCUCCGCCGGGGCGUUAACCACAAGUCGGGAGAUCGACAGGGAGCAGAUUAGUGACUUCUACCUCUAUGUCGUGAUCAAGGACUCUGGUGUGCCUCAAAUGUCCUCCACGGGAACAGUUCGUGUGAAAAUAAACGAUCAGAAUGACAACCCCUCAGAGCCGCGGUCCGUGGAAAUCUUUGUCCACUACUUCGGAAACAUGUUUCCCGGCGGCUCUUUGGGAGACGUCAAACCUCAAGACCCUGACAUCCAUGACAGAUUUCACUGCUCCCUCACCCCUCCCUCCUCGGGUCUGUUUAGUAUCCCGACAGGAACCUGCAGCCUCAACUCCAAAUCCCGUUCGACAGACGGAACAUUUGAGCUAACCAUCCGCAGCAGCGAUGGAGUCCACGGUUCAGUUAGCAAUACGGCCAGGGUCGUCUUCAUUGGAUUCACCAACGCCACGGUGGACAACAGCAUACUGAUCCGUCUCCACUCGGAGGGAGUCAAAAGCUUUCUCACCAACCACUACCUCAGCUUCUUACGCAUUGCCAACUCUCAGCUCGCGGGAUUGGGCACGGGGGUUCUGCUUUACGGAGCCUUUGAGCUCAACAAUCAGACCUUCCUGACGGCGGCUGUGAAAAGGGGCCACGGCCAAUACGUGAACCCCAGCGGAGUGGCCACAUUCUUCCAGAGCAUCAAAGACAUUCUGCACAGGCAGAGCGGGGUGCAAAUAGACGCGGUCGACCACGAUCCCUGCGCGCGAAAUCCGUGCCAAAACGGAGGCAGCUGCAAGCGGCGUCUCAGUGUCGGGACGGAUGUGAAAACGGAGGAAAGCGUCCCUGUGAUCCUGGUUUCCAACAGACCCUUGCAGCCUUACGCCUGUAGCUGCAGGCCCGGAUAUGCGGGCGCCCUGUGCGAAACCGACAUCGACGAGUGCCAGCCCACGCCCUGCCACAAUGGAGGCACCUGCCACAACCUGGUUGGGGGGUUUUCCUGCACCUGUCCGGAGGGGUUCACCGGGAUGGCCUGCGAAAGGGACGCAAAACGGGUUUUUGGCAAACACUGCGAACUGAACAGCUACGGUUUUGAGGAGCUCUCCUACAUGGAGUUUCCCUCGCUGGAUCCCAACAAUAACUACAUAUAUAUCAAGUUUGCCACUCUGAAAAGCAACGCGCUGCUUAUGUACAACCACGACAACCAGACCGGGGACAAGGCCGAGUUCCUGGCUCUGGAGAUAUUCGAAGGACAGAUGCGGUUCUCCUUUAACCUGGGCAGUGGAACCUAUAAACUGAUGACCAUGAUAAAGGUUUCGGAUGGGCAGUUCCACACUGUCAUCGCCAGGAGAGCCGGGAUGGGUAAAAGUCAGAAGGGCAAAACACUUCUGACUCUUGUAUCUAUGGAGCAGAUGUGGAGGCAGAAACAGCCGUUCUGA